ACAAAACGACCCGAGUGCGCGAGCAGCGUCGACCCGAUCCCCGGACCUGAACCGGGCUUGGACCUCUGUUCGACGGCCCAGACCUGCUCCCUGCCUCCGUCCCGUUAGCCCGGUUCGGCUCAACUCGGCUCCGGUUCGUCCAAUCUACGCUGGAGACGCUGGGCCGGAGGUGGUUUGACCGGUUUCAUUCAUCCUCAACAAUGGCAGCGCAGGAUUUUAAUUUUUUACUGGCGACGGACUCGUACAAGAUCACACACUACAAACAGUAUCCUCCCAAUGUCAGCAAAAUCUACUCCUACUUUGAGUGCCGGCGUAAAAAAGGCUCCCAGUUCAGUGAGGUGGUUUUCUUCGGACUCCAGUACCUGCUGAAGAAGUACCUGACCGGCCCAGUGAUCACAGAGGAAAAGAUUCAGGAAGCCAAGCUCUUCUACCAGAUGCAUUUCAAACAGGCUGUGUUCGAUGAAGAAGGAUGGAGGAAGGUCCUGGAGAAACACGACGGUCGCCUCCCAAUCCGGAUCAAGGCGGUUCCUGAGGGGAGGAUCAUCCCCCGAGGCAAUGUCCUGUUCACGGUGGAGAACACCGACCCCAGCUUCUACUGGCUCACAAACUACAUUGAGACCAUGCUGGUCCAGAUGUGGUACCCUAUCACCGUAGCAACCGUUUCCAGGGAAUUUAAGAAGAUUCUGGCCCGACACCUGAAGGCCACAUCUGGGAGUCUGGAAGGUCUGGACCUGAAGCUGCAUGACUUCGGCUACAGAGGAGUGUCUUCACAAGAGUCUGCAGCUUUAGGUGGAGCUGCUCAUCUGGUCAACUUCUGCAGUACAGACACGGUGGCUGGUCUGCUCAUGGCUCAACGGUACUACAGCUGUCCCAUGGCCGGGUUUUCCAUCCCAGCAGCAGAACACAGUACCAUCAUCUCGUGGGGUCGGACCCGAGAGAAGGAGGCCUUUGAGCGGGUUCUGGACCAGUUCUCCUCUGGUCCAGUGUCGGUCGUCAGUGACAGCUAUGACAUCUUUAAUGCCUGUAAACACAUCUGGGGUGACAAGCUGAAGGAGCGUGUGAUGGAGCGAAGCCAGGAUUCGUGUUUGGUGAUCCGGCCCGACUCUGGAGAUCCAGCGGAGACGCUCAUAGAGGUGAUUAAGAUCCUGGAGGAGUGUUUUGGCUGCUCUCUGAACGCCAUGGGAUUCAAAGUUCUGCCUUCGUACCUGCGAAUUAUCCAAGGAGACGGGAUUGACCUGACAUCCGUAGACCAGAUCCUUCAGAAACUGAGCGAUGAAGGCUGGAGCGCUGAAAACAUCUUCUUUGGCUGCGGCAGCGCUUUGCUUCAGAAACUCAACAGAGACACGUUGAGCUGUGCCUUUAAAUGCAGCUACGUAGAAACAAACGGCAAAGGGAUGGAUGUGUACAAGCAGCCAGUGACCGACCCAUCCAAGGGCUCGAAGAGGGGUCGGUUGUCUCUGAGACGAAACUCCGACGGCUUCAUCGAGACGGUGGAGAGAGGAGCAGGAAAGCCUGAGGAGGAUCUGCUGGUCACUGUGUUUGAGAACGGCAGCCUGAUGCACGAGUAUUCUCUGGAGGAGAUCCGGAAGAACGCCCGGCUGAGGGAUGACGAGAUGGACCACACCCCCCACAACCAGGAGGCGGAGCUGCUGCACAACCACAUCAUCAAUGGGCUGCAUUAAAGCCCCACCCAGGAGACUGUACAGACUGACCCGUAAACAUGGAUGAAACAGGAGGCGUCUGUUUCAUCCGACCUGGAGCUCCGGGUCAUGUGACCAGCCAAGGGCUCUACAUCCUUCAGGCCAAAAAACACCAACGCUUCCAGAUAUUCCGAGCUUCCGUGACACAGUUUUCCCUGUCCUUACCUCAGCAGAAAACAAAACCAUUCACUGCAGGUUAUUUUAACGUCCGUCAGACCUAAAUCAGACUGAAGAUGCACAUCAGAUUAAAAUGAGCACAGUCUACAGGGUGUCCCAUAAGCCUCCAUACAUAGGAAAAAUAAACGUUUCUUGACAUAAACCAUUUUUAUUUAUAUAAUACGCUCUAUAUGACUGCCAUUUUGUCAGGAACACAUUUCAAUGCAUGUCUGCUGAAGAACUAUAAAGAAGAAAUAUAAAGAAAUACAUGUUAGAACCAUAUAUGUAUGGAAUGUAUUAUGUCUCCUAUGUAUAGAGACUUAUGGGACACCCUGUAGAACAAACAGAUCUAUACAUGGCAGUGCUGUGUUUUUGUCUAUGCAUCAUCAGAGUCUGGAUCAGGGAUGCACACGUGUCAGGGUUUCACAGGCUCAAGAUGGAGGCGGAGUUAAACAUACCAUGUAGCCAAGCACACAUUGAUCCCAGUAACAGUGUGUGUUUGUUCCACAUAUGGUGAAUAAAACUUUAAGUGGGCGGAGCCUCCCUGACCUGAACAGGCUGUUUUACAUUUUGGCCGCCAUCUUGAUUUUUUAAGAUGCCCAUAUUUGGAUCAGAGGGUGGAGCUAGAAAUCCACUGAACUGAUGGUAACUUAGCAACAGCAGCACCAAUCAGCUGUGUCUGAUCAAAGUUAACAGACGUUCAACCAAUAGGAAUGACUGUAACAUGAGCUGAUCUGGCUUCAUUACAUCAGGUUAAAUGUAAUUAACAGAAUCGUCAUGGAGACAGUGUCCAUUAAAUUCCAUUUGAUCUAUUUAGCCUUUGAGAUAAAUAGAUAUGUUUAUUUGUCCUUCACAGGAAAUUUGUUUUCACAAUCCGUACAGCCAUAAAAAUACAGCGCAUCACUUACAAAAAAAACCCAUAUAACACAAACCCAAAAGCAGCAAAUCCACACCAUAUACCUGCCCAAAACAGCAAAGACAACAAUAAUUAAGAACUUCACAUAGUCACAUCAUUUUCAUUCAACCUCAUUGUUUGAGGAAUGUUUUUCCAGUUUUUGACCCAUUCACGGGGUUUUUCUCCACAUUUUCAGAGGAUUAGGUUUUGUCCAGGUUCUACAGUUUUACCUUCAAAAGGAGUUUUUUCAAUAGUGAAACAUAAUUUCACAUCAUUUUCAAUUAUUUUGUGUAUCACCAGACCUUUGGUACACACAUCUUAGAAAAGGUCAAGCAAAACAAAGACUAAAAUAAAACCUGUUAAAGACAUUAAACAUCACAUGGUUUAUUCUCCAUCUGAUUUAGUUCUGGUUGGAGUCAGAUUUAGUCCAGACAUUAAAUAUGAUCAGUAUGACGUUGUUUUGAACUUUUCAGUCUAAUUUUUUGGAGUUUUUACCUCAUGCGUGAACCAUGUGACAACCAUGUGAGGGUUAGGGUUAGUUCCACCUGUCAAUCACAGCAGCCACGCCCUUAAAUAUGCCACAUUUUAGCCUCAAUUUAAUUAUUAACUGAAUAAUUCAAUUAUUACGUCUGAGUUAGACACAUCAUCCAUACAGACCAAAGUAUUCUCUGUUCCAGGCUGUAAACAUGUUUUUUUUUUUCUUCCUUUGGUGCCUGUAGUGGCCAUUAGAAGAACUGCCGGUUUAAACAGAUGCAGGUUGGAGGUAAACACUGAGGUGAAGGUUUCAGAUGUCAGUGAUGGUUUAAAGUUUAAAAAGUUAGAACUGAAGACAUAGGUUUUCACUGAUGAAUCACAGACGUCAUCAGUGUCUCAACCACUGAAAGCACAUAAAAGAAAAGAAAAAAAGAAAAAAAAAGUUAUUAAAAUAAAAUUAGAUUAAAUUAAAUUAGAUUAAAUCAAGUACAAUAAAAUGCAAAAUCUAUAAAAGGUACAUUUUAUAUCCUGCAUCUUUAUUCACAUUGAAAACUCAGGAUGUUUGUUAAAGUCGGUGAAAAUGUGAAAACUUUUUGUUUUAGUUUUGAAAACCAGCCUUUGACUGAAGUAACUGUUGCUUUAUUGGACGUGAGGUGAGUUUCUCUUUAUCCUUGUACUAAAAUAAUCCAUAAAUAUCCAUUUUAAGGCUGAUAGUCACAUUAUUUUCUGGACCUUUUUUCUCCUGAUGGGUUUGCAUCCCUGUUCCGACUCCACUUUAUCAUCAUUUAUCACAGUUUCAUGCAUCAGUUAAACCAAAGCUGAUAUUUUUUUAGAAUAAAUACAGCAAAUAUUUGUCUGAAAAUAACACAUGCAGUUUAUGUCAGAGAAUCAAAUUCAGGAAAACACUGAAAACACUAAAACUGCCAAGUAACACAUGUCAUUUAUGGACUGUAGUGAAAUAAUCAGCUGUAAAACGUCUUUUCACUUUGUCUUUAUUUAUUUUCUGAAAAAUGUGUUUAAUCCAAAUGAAUUGUUUUCAACUAAACUUGAGCUGAAUUAACAGAUAAUCAGCAAAAUGCAAUGUUUUUAACAGAUGCGAUGAUGUAAAAUACUUGAACCCAUUAACAGCUGAAGCAGAGUGAAGUGUUUUAAUAAUGGAUUUGAUGAAUGCCAUAUUGGUUGUACCGGCAGAUGCUGACAAUUUUAGUGAUGAACUAAUGAUCGUCUGAUGUUUAAUGAUUCAGUGAGUUUAACGACAGAAAACAUAGAAAAAAUAAGCUUUUAAUAUUUUAGAUGCUGAAAAUGGAUUUUAUUCAAACUUACAGUGUUUGGAUGUAGACGUGGAUAGUUUGGAGAUUUGUUGACUUUCUGGAUUUUAUUACUUAUUUAAUUUUUUUAUUUUACGUUUUGUCGCAUCUGAUUUAUUCUGUUUCAUUUUAAGCUAAGUAACAAAACUGUAAAGAUGCCGUCCCAUCAGAAAAGAAUUGGAUUGUUUUGCGAAUUUUCCGGUUAAAGUUACUCAAAUCAUUAAGUAAAGUCACAGAUUAUACUCCUGAUUUGUUUCCUUAUAGCUACAGGAUGUGUUACCAUGGAUAUGAACCAGUCGGCGACAGCCUGACAGUUGGCAUUCAGGGUGAAUUCACCAGAAAAAUGACAUUAAAUCUUUUUUGUUUUGUUGUUUUUUUAUGUAUAUUCAUUGUAUUUUCUGAUCAAUGUUGCCUUUCGCUGCAGAAACACAGGGGCCUCAUUUUGUUUUGUUUUCGUUCUGAUUGGUCGACACUGAACGUCCCAUGGUUGACCUCAAACGCCUGGUGACCCCAGCGCCGACCGUGACCACAGUCUAUUAUGUCGAAUUAGUCUGUUUUGUACAUUUGGAGAUGAUUUGAUCCUUGAAAUGUUCUGUAUCUUCUGAUUGUUUUGUGUGUUUUAAAAUCUUUUGUAAACCUGAAAAAAUAAACCAAACUCU